AUGGGUUCCGGCUCCUCGAAACCCGUUGAUGCGCCUGCACAGCAAGUAUGGAAAAGCGAUACGCCCGUCCGGUUCUCACCAGAGUUGAUGAACUCAUUACAGUCAAGCCCUGAAACCGACUCCACCCGCGCCAAAACCCUUGAACUGCAUAUCCAGUCCCGUGUUGAAAGCGAGCUGAAAAAACUUCAAGAACGCGCUGGAAAAGACUUUGAAGAGCUCCAGGCGAAAAUCUCAGCACAACAAGAGCCAGAGAAGGGCAAGAGUGCAGGCGAUACGCUAAGGGAUCUGGGAAGGGAAAGCGUGCAAAAUGAUGUGAAGGAACUGAAGAAGAAGCUGGAGCAGCGCAGGAAGUUGGCGGAUGUGGACGAGAGUGUGGAAAAAGCCAAGAGCGACGUGGUGAAGUGCUUACGAGAGAAUGAUAGACGGCCGCUAGAUUGCUGGAAGGAAGUUCAGACGUUUAAGGACGAGGUCCGCCGGUUAGAGGAGGUGUGGGUGGAAAAGGUCGUUCGAUAA